UAUUAUUAUGAUCGAAUCCUUUCUAAACAUCUUAGUAUGGGAUCAGAGGAUUGUUUAAAUGUUCUCAUAUCCUAUCCCUUACUAUUGUCAUACGUUCCUUCAAGCUUUGAACCAUUUAUUUAUGUCCAUUUAAUUCAAUCACCCAAAUCAAUAAAUCUAUCUAUCUAUAUAUGUUCAAUGUUUUUCUCUUCACAGUUACGCCCUUUCUUUUCUAAUUUCUCACUCACAACGCAAAACAAUGCGCUACCUCACUUGCAACGCCGAGACAGCAAUAGCCAUAUGCCACCCUCACUCCCCCAAGAAGAACAAAAAGCCCACAAGCCCAACACAGGCCCACACCGUGCCACACUUCGCCUACUCCGACAUCCUUGCCGCCACCAACGCCUUCUCCGCCGACACCUUCUUAGGCAAAGGCAGCCACGGCAGAGUCUACAAAGCCACCCUCCACGGCGGCGCGCUCAUCGCCGCAGUCAAAAAAACCAAAACUUCUAAGGAAAUAGAAAUUCUCUCCCACCUCAAAAGCCCGCGCUUGGUCAACCUAAUUGGCUUCUGCAACGACCGAACUAACUGCAACAACAACAAACUCAUUGUUGUGGAGUACAUGCCCAACGGUUCGCUCCACGACCUUCUCCACUCCACCAAAACGGUUCGGCCUCCCGGUUGGACAGCGCGUGUCCGGUUCGCGGUUCACGUCGCGAAAGCCAUUUGGUUUUUGCACUCGUCUGAACCGCCCGUUAUUCACCGUGAUAUUAAAUCGUCCAACGUGUUAAUCGACGAUAAGUGGAAAGCGCGACUCGGUGACUUCGGACUCGCGUUUCGAGGACACAUGGCGGAUUCACGCGUGCCGCCAGCGGGGACGUUAGGGUACCUCGACCCCUGCUAUCUUGCGCCGGGGGACUUGAGUCCCAAGAGCGAUGUCUUCAGUUUUGGAAUCUUGCUGCUGGAGAUAGCCAGUGGGAGGCACGCGAUUGACGUGAGGCACAGUCCGCCGUCGGUGUUGGAUUGGGCGAUGCCGUUGGUCCGCCGUGGCCAGUUUCGGGAUAUUUGCGACCCGCGCAUCGGGGCGCCGCCGAACAUGGCAGCGUUCCACAGGAUGAUGGUGCUGGCCGCGAGGUGCGUGACGUCAAAGGUGGAGAGCCGGCCGACGAUUGGGGAGGUGGUGGAAUGUCUGACAGCGGUAAAGAAGAAUUUUGACGCAUCGCUGGUGUGGAUGAGAAUGAUACGGCGCGUGGUAAAGGCGCGUGGCGUUGAUUGGGACAGGAGUGAGGAAUAUAUGAGAAUAGUUAAAGGCGGGAGUAGAAACAGUAGAAGGAAUGGGAAGGUAUCUAGCAUGUUGGGUGUACAGUAUGAGAAUGGACCCGCAAAUCACACGGUUAGGUCAAGAUCCGUUGGUUCUGGUUUUUUCGGGGAAAUGAAAAUUAACUCGGUUAUGGAACGGUACCCUAACCAAUUCGGGUUCAGGUAUAGGAAGGUAAGGCUAAAGAGAUCGAUGUCUACGGGGCUUUUGAAACAUUAUGGUAAUGAAUCAAAUACGUGUCAUGAGAGGCAUAACGAUACUCAUAGCAAUGAUUACGAUAGAGUGAAUUCCACAGAGAUGGAACUUUCAAAGUUGGACUAGAGAAUCGAAGUAACUGAGUAGCAUAUAUUGCUUUUGUGAUUGAGUUUUAGAUACACAUGCAUGGAAAUCUUUUCAUAUAGGAUUCCAAUUAACGAGCUAAGGGAACAUGAGAGAUUUUAAAUUGCUUUGUAUAGCUGAAGAGGGUUACCCACUAACACUUUAGCAUCUUACUUGUCAACAGAAAAGAAAUUGCUGACCUAGUCAUAUUAAUAAUAAUAUUCUUGAUUUU